AAAAUCGAAAGCUGAUUAUCGAUAUAAAAGUAAAUUUACGAUAAAAAUUUGAUCACAUGAUUUCUCACGCAGUUAGACAAAAUUUAUCAGCUGUAAAAUUCCUGUAAAUAAUUUACUGUCAUAAUGUCUUUUGAAGAAGAAAGCUCUGCAUAUAAUUCAAAUUAUGUUGUUGGCUCGUACAACAAAGAUUUUGAGUAUGGGUCUGAUGAGCAAGAUGCUGAAUUUCAUGGAUCUGAUUCUGAAGACCAGAAACCUAGGAUAUUAUUGAUGGGCCUUCGAAGAAGCGGAAAAUCUUCGAUACAGAAAGUUGUUUUCCAUAAGAUGUCGCCUAAUGAAACAUUAUUUUUGGAGAGCACUAAUAAAAUAGUGAAAGAUGAUAUAUCAAACAGUUCCUUUGUUCAAUUUCAAAUUUGGGAUUUCCCUGGUCAGAUAGAUUUCUUUGAUCAAACUUUUGAUUCUGAAAUGAUAUUUGGUGGUACUGGUGCUCUUGUUUUUGUUAUAGAUGCUCAGGAUGAAUAUAUUGAAGCUCUGGAUAAGCUGAAAAUGACUGUAGCAAGAGCACAGAAGGUAAAUCCAGAGAUUAAGUUUGAGGUGUUUAUACACAAAGUUGAUGGUCUAACAGAUGAUCAUAAAAUUGAAACUCAAAGAGAUAUUCAUCAGCGAGCAAAUGAUGAUCUCAUUGAUGCUGGUUUAGAAAAUGUCAAUUUGAGCUUUUAUCUCACUAGUAUUUAUGAUCAUUCAAUAUUUGAAGCGUUCAGCAAAGUUGUCCAGAAACUAAUUCCACAAUUGCCAGCUUUAGAGAAUUUGUUAAAUAUCUUUAUUACAAAUUCUGCCAUAGAAAAAGCCUUCUUGUUUGAUGUCAUAAGUAAAAUUUACAUUGCCACUGAUAGUACACCUGUAGAUAUGCAGUCCUAUGAGCUUUGCUGUGAUAUGAUUGAUGUUGUUAUAGAUAUUUCUUGCAUCUAUGGACUUAAAGAAGACGAAGGAAGUGCUUUUAAUUCUAAAUCGUCAAAUAUCAUCAAGUUAAAUAAUAGUACUGUUUUAUAUCUCAGAGAAGUCAACAGGUUUUUAGCUUUAGUUUGUAUCCUGAGGGAAGAUAAUUUUAAUAGACAAGCACUUAUUGACUACAAUUUCCACUGCUUUAGGCAAGCAAUCCAAGAUGUCUUUGAUGUUCGUUUCAAGUCGCCAAAAAGUUCUCAUUCAAUAUCACGUACUCAUUCUAUGGUAGAUAAUGGCUUGACCAAUGGUUAUGGAGAUCAGUCAUAAAAAAAACAAAAACAAGAGCUCUGCUGAAGUUCCAUGUUAAUUUAUUAAUGGACAAAAUAAAAAGAUAUAUAUAUAUUUUCUUCAGUAUAAAUUUUUAAAUUGAAAACUUAUUUUGAUGUUAAAAAUUGUGUCUAGUCCCUCUAAAAUUGUACUUGAUCAAGUAUUCUAUUUUUUAUAUGAAUUAUUAAGAUUGUAUUGUAAAAUUGUAUACUUUCCUUGCUUUUAUUUUAAAACAAUGAUUGAUUGUGAAGAAAUACUGAUCGAGUUGGUAUUUUUGUUUUUCUUUGUUUCAUCUCAUUAACUGCCAAGGCACACAUGCCUCAUUCAAUUGCAUUCUGAAAGCUGUGAACAAUAUAGUUAUUAGAAUUGUGUUUCAGUGUACUUUCAUUGUAAUUUUUAAGGUCCAAGCAUGUUAAUUUCAGAAUUUCCAUGACAGUUUAAAUCUAUUCUUCAUUGUGCAUGUACAGUUAGAUGUUUGCUUUCCUUUUAUUCUGCCGUCAUACAUUUUUGGCUACAUUUAAAAUUACUCCCAGCUGCAUGCAUUAAUUAUCACUGAUGGCCAAAUGCUCAUGUACAAAGCGAUUAUGAACUGACCACAUGUAUAGUUUGUUCUGGUUCCUUUUAUUCUCAAAAAUCAGAGCAAAUAUUUUAACUUAUGACUUGUAAAUAACUGUCCUGUCAUGCAAUUUAAUGAGUGUUGUGUACAAAUAAAUUUAUAUUAUUAUUCA